GAGAGGAAAAGUGAGUAAAAGAAGAGGAGAUACAAAGAAAGAGAGAUAGGGAGAGAAAGAGAGAGAUAGAGAGAGCAAAGGACGAAUUCCUAGUGUGUCAUUGCAUUAGACGGACUUUCGGCGGCGAACAUGGCGCUGCUACCGCUGGGUCUGGCGCCAAAGACCAUCAAGUAUUUGAUGUUCGCUUUUAACCUGCUGUUCGUGAUUACAGGAAUAAUACUGCUGUCAAUCGGCGUAGCGAUCCACCAAUUGUUCAAGCAGUACGAGCCCUUCCUUGACAACAAUUUUUCUUCGGUGCCUUCUCUCCUUAUAGCCGUGGGCUCCAUUAUCUUUAUCAUCGCUUUCUUCGGAUGCUGCGGAGCCGGUCGCGAAAGCUAUUGUAUGAUCGUAACGUUCUGCACGCUUCUAAUCGCAGUCUUCGUGCUGGAGAUCAUCGGUGGCACGAUGGGAUACGUGAUGAGAGAGAAUGUCACAUCGGUCGUCAAGGGAAAGAUGCUCAACACGAUGGCCGGUUAUAAUUCCACCAAGGAUAUUCAGUUAAUCUGGGACGAUUUGCAGCAAGAUUUUGAUUGCUGUGGAACAACUAACGCCACCGACUGGAUAAAUCGUUAUUCUGGCAUUCCAAUGUCGUGCUGCGAUCGUGCCGUAGGCACUAUUGGCUCUACGAAUUGUACAUUAGAAUCACCGACUCUUCACAGCAUGGGUUGCUUGGACGCGUUCGCACAUUUCGCAGAGAAACACGCGGGUAAAAUAGCAGGAGUUGGAAUCGGCUUAGGUGUUAUUCAGUUGUUAGGGAUCUUCCUAUCGUCCUACCUAGCCAAGUCCAUCAAAAACUGCUAUCAGACCAUGUAAACUUUUGUACAAAAGAUCGCAACUGUGGUGUUGCGCUCAGCGAGCUCAGCAGGUUUUCCAUCAGGAUAUAGAUCUACGCGCAAAUAAAUCAUUUGCCGUCGUAAGAGUGAUAAAUAAUUUUUGUGUUAUGCUAUACGUGGGUGGCUUAUAUAAACAAUAUUGAACGAAUAACGUGUAUUUUUAAUAAAAUCUAUGCUGAGAAACGUGA